GUGGGAGCACAGGGCUGGGCUGGCUGCCCCGGGGGUACCGGGCUGGGAGCCCCGGGGCACCGGGCUGGCUGCCCCGGGGGUACCGGGCUGGGAGCCCCGGGGCACCGGACUGGCUGCCCCGGGGGUACCGGGCUGGCUGCCCCGGGGCACCGGACUGGCUGCCCCGGGGGUACCGGGCUGGCUGCCCCGGGGGUACCGGGCUGGCUGCCCCGGGCAGCGGGCUGGGAGCCCCGGGCAGCGGGCUGGGAGCCCCGGGGGUACCGGGCUGGCUGCCCCGGGGGUACCGGGCUGGCUGCCCCGGGGGUACCGGGCUGGCUGCCCCGGGCAGCGGACUGGGAGCCCCGGGGUACCGGGCUGGCUGCGGGCGCGGGGGCGCGGCGGGGGCGGGCGCUGCCAUUGGCGGGCGGCGGGCGGGGCGUGGCCGCGGGCGUGGCCGCGCAGGAGUUUCCCACAAUGCCCCGCUGCAGUGCGGCCGCCGAUGGAUGCUGCGCGGUCGCGCUGCCAUUUGCAGCCGCCGCGGCUCGCAGCGCGCCCCGCGGCCCCGGGAGCUGCGGUCCCCCGGCCGCCGCCGCCCCCCAGCGCCUGCAGCCGCCGGCCGGCCCUCCCCUGCCCCCGCCUCCUCCUCCUUGUCGGCCCCGCUGCCCCGCCGCAAUGAACCCCCCCGCCGCGGCCGGCGGGGAGGAGACGGGGGCGGCGGGCGGCGGCGGCGGCUGCCGGGGGGCCGAGGGUGGCGGGGAGGCGGCGGGCGCCGCCGGGAUCCCGGAGGAGCAGGAGCUGUCGGCGGCGGACGAGUCGCUGGAGGAGAAGCUGCGGAGCCUCACCUUCAGGAAGCAGGUGUCCUACAGGAAAGCAAUCUCCAGGUCAGGCCUCCAGCACUUGGCUCCCGUGCAUUCCCUCAACAUUCCAGUCACCAAUGGACCUGUGAAGGAACCAAGAGCGGCCUUAGAGUGGACUGAAAAUGCUGUGAAUGGAGAGCAUCUGUGGCUUGAGACAAAUGUUUCAGGGGACCUCUGCUACCUGGGGGAGGAAAGCUGCCAAGUCAAAUUCUCAAAGUCUGCCCUGCGGAGGAAGUGUGCUGCCUGCAAGAUCGUGGUGCACAACGCGUGCAUGGAGCAGCUAGAGAAGAUUAAUUUUCGCUGCAAACCGACUUUCCGAGAAGGAGGCUCCAGAUCUCCAAGAGAAAACUUUGUGCGGCAUCACUGGGUGCACCGGCGGAGGCAGGAGGGCAAAUGUAAGCAGUGUGGAAAGGGCUUUCAGCAGAAAUUCUCCUUCCAUAGUAAAGAGAUUGUGGCCAUCAGUUGCUCCUGGUGCAAGCUGGCGUUUCAUAACAAAGUCACCUGUUUCAUGCUACAUCACAUUGAGGAGCCAUGUUCCCUGGGGGCUCAUGCUGCUGUCAUAGUGCCUCCCACCUGGAUCAUUAAGGUGAAGAAACCUCAGAACUCCUUAAAGACUUCAACAAGGCGAAAGAAGAGAACGUCCUUUAAAAGAAAAGCCAGCAAAAGAGGAAAUGAGGAUAACAAAGGCCGGCCUUUUGUGAUAAAGCCUAUCUCCUCUCCACUCAUGAAGCCACUGCUGGUCUUUGUCAAUCCAAAAAGUGGAGGGAAUCAGGGCACCAAGGUUCUCCAGAUGUUUAUGUGGUAUUUGAAUCCACGGCAGGUCUUUGAUCUCUCUCAGGAUGGACCGAGAGAUGCGCUGGAGCUGUACAGAAAAGUGCCAAACCUGAGGAUCCUGGCAUGUGGUGGGGAUGGGACGGUGGGCUGGAUCCUGUCCAUCCUUGAUGAGCUGCAGCUCAGCCCCCCACCUCCUGUGGCUGUCCUUCCACUUGGCACUGGGAAUGACCUUGCCCGCACCCUCAACUGGGGUGGGGGUUACACAGAUGAGCCGGUGUCUAAGAUCCUGUGCCAUGUAGAAGAUGGGACCAUUGUCCAGCUGGACCGCUGGAAUCUUCAGGUUGAGCGCAACCCUGAUUUGCCCCAGGAUGAGCUGGAGGAUGGGGCACGUAAGCUUCCCCUCAAUGUCUUCAAUAAUUACUUCAGUCUUGGAUUUGAUGCACAUGUUACGCUGGAGUUCCAUGAAUCCAGAGAAGCAAAUCCAGAGAAAUUCAACAGCCGAUUUAGAAAUAAAAUGUUUUAUGCAGGGGCAGCCUUUACAGACUUUCUGCAAAGAAGCUCAAGAGAUUUAUCCAAGCAUGUUAAAGUAGUGUGUGAUGGUACAGACCUGACUCCAAAGAUCCAGGAGCUGAAGUUCCAGUGUAUAGUGUUUUUAAACAUACCCAGGUAUUGUGCUGGCACAAUGCCCUGGGGGAACCCUGGCGACCACAGAGACUUUGAGCCCCAGCGCCACGACGAUGGCUACAUCGAGGUGAUCGGCUUCACCAUGGCCUCGCUGGCUGCUCUCCAGGUGGGUGGUCACGGGGAGAGGUUGCACCAGUGCCGGGAGGUGACGCUCCUGACGUACAAGUCUAUCCCCAUGCAAGUGGACGGUGAGCCUUGCCGGCUGGCGCCCUCCCUCAUCCGGAUCUCCCUGAGGAACCAAGCCAACAUGGUGCAGAAAAGCAAGAGGAGAACCUCGAUGCCUUUGCUGAAUGAUCCUCAUUCCAUCCCCGAUCGCCUGCGGAUCAGAGUGAACAGGAUUAAUUUACAAGAAUACGAGGGGCUACAUUACGACAAGGAAAAGCUCCGGGAAGCUUCCAUUCCCCUAGGAAUCAUAGUUGUACGAGGAGAUUGUGACUUGGAGACUUGUCGUAUGUACAUCGACCGUCUACAAGAGGACCUACAGUCAGUAACAUCUACUACACAGAGAGUUCAUUACCAGGACCAGGAAAGCUCUUUCCCCAGAGUACUUUCUGUUCAGAGGCUCUCUCCUAGAUGGUGCUUCCUAGAUGCAACUUCUGCUGAUCGUUUUUACCGCAUUGACAGAUCUCAGGAACAUUUGCACUUUGUGACAGAAAUUUCGCAGGACGAGAUUUUUAUUCUGGACCCAGAGAUGGUAAUGUCUCAGCAGGUGGGGACGCCACCAGGAAUGCCUGAUCUGGUAGUGGAGCAGGCAACUGGAAUAUCGGAUCGGUGGAACCCUGCGGCUCGGAAGAGGAUGCUGAGCGACAGCGGCCUUGGGAAGAUUUCUCCCCACUACGAGGUACCUGACAAACAAAAGGACGCCAGCCAGACACAUAUGCUGCAGUCACCGGUUUCUUCAGAAGAUCAAGCACUUUUACAGGCAGUCAUAUCUGGUGAUCUGCUGAAGUUCAUAGAAUGUUGUAAAAAAGGAGCCAAUUUGUUAAUCCAAGGACCUGAUCACUGCUCCUUGUUGCACCAUGCUGCCAUGAGUGGGAACGGCGAGAUUGUGAAAUACAUCCUGGAGCAUGGUCCAUCUGAAUUACUGGACAUGACAGACAGUGAAACGGGUGAGACAGCAUUACAUAAGGCAGCCUGCCAGCGCCACCGUGCCGUCUGCCAGCUCCUGGUGGAUGCAGGAGCCUCUCUGAGAAAGACAGACUCCAAGGGUAAGACCCCCCGGGACAGGGCUCAGCAGGCUGGCGAUCCGGAUCUGGCCUCCUACCUGGAGAGUCGACAGAACUAUCAAAUGGUUUCCCACGAGGACCUAGAGACAGCAGUCUGAUGUCUGAGAAUAUCCAAGAGGAUCCCUGGAAAUCUCAAGACUGCACCUGAGGCACUCAGGCAUCGUGUGAGGAAGAAACUGAUGGAAUCCACGUGUCUCUCACUCUCGAGGAAAAAUACCUGAGGACAUGCCACCAGUUUCUAAGGGCUACUGAGUCUUGCUGCGGAACGGUUAUGUUCAUAAGUUAGCCCAUGAUGGAUGAGGUGGGACGCUCAAAGGUCUGUGGAAUCCAUAGGCCACAAAAAUUUACCUUUAUUGCUUCCAGCAAGUAGCAUGAACUUCUCCCAUGUUCAUCUGUACAAUUUAUUAAAAAAAAAAAAAAAAAGGAAAGAGUAAAGAGGGUGUGGGGGAAAAAAAAUCCAAACUAACAUUUAGUACAUUAAGCCACACAACUAGGCUCUCCUCCAUCCUUACAGUUUCCUGCAUUGCUUUUAUUCCCCUGUUACGGUCACUUCUCAUCAGUUAAAUAUUACCUGUUAUCUCUGUGUUGUCUUCAUAAAUGGUCAGGCAGUAGCAAAAUAUUUGAGGAGCUCUGGAUGCCCUUAAGAAAUAUCCAGUGGUUUUUAUCAGCUACAUUCCCUCCCUUGCCAUCCUCUCAGAAGAUGUGUUGUCAGUACUCAGCCACCACGGAGUUUCCUUGCUUUUGGAGAGGAUGCUGCUUUUACUGCCUUGUUUCUCAGGGUGUGGGACAUGGUUGGAUUUACAAGGUUGGAUUUACAGCAGUGACGAAACCCAGCCUCAUGGUGGCUGGGCACACAGUUAUUGUAUCCUUGUGAGACAGGCAUUUGUAUGGAAAGGAGUUAUAUGGGAUGUGCCAUGCUGAAUGGCAGAGCAGAAAGUCACCAGGAAGGUUUCUCACAUCACUUUUGUGCAUGUAAUGGCUGACCCAAUUCUCAGGUUUCAGGCCUGCCUAGAAGUUGAUAGCUGUUCUUUACUUCUGAAAAGAAGGGUUUUACACUGGGGAGAGAUUUGUGCCAGACUGAGGGAGCUCUGAUGGACUGACUGACAGACCCAGUCCCCAUUGCAGCACAGCCAGAGGGAGAAAGGAGACGUGGAACAUCAGCAGCCAGCCUGGGCUCGCUGCUGCCAGCAGACAAAGGGCACUGGCCUGGCCACACUGGGAAUGGGAAAACCUUCUUUGGCACAAUCUGUGAACUAUCUGACUUUCCAAGGGAACAAAGCUGUCCCUGAAGAAGGACAAGCAGCAGAUCUUUGCCUUGUUACCCACAAUAAGUUUGAAAUGUAAAGCUUAUCUGCUGUAAAGGCCAGUUGUGUCUUCUGUAUUCAUCUGUUCUCUGUCUUAUAACCAUAAAAGAAGAGAAAGCAAACAAAUACACAGGCAAAAUGUUUCACCUUUGUGUUUCCAAUUGCUACAGGUAUCUCAGCUGACAAGAUAGCAGAGCUUCCACUUCUACUUUGUCAGACCAGUGCCCAUGAAGAUGCUUAUAGCUGACUUUUGGCCUAACUCUUGCAAUACAUUUUUGAACUUUGCUUUGUUGUUUGACUUGAAAGAUCCACCAGUGUUUAUUUUCACAUCCCUUGCUAGGGGUAGCUCUCUGAUAGAUGGUGAUCAUCCGGGUUACAUACAUUUGGAAACCAUGAAAAUAACUCAGGUCAUUAUCCAGAUAAGUUUUUCUUCUUUGGUAGAAGUGGAGAAAAUCAAAUGAAUGUUGUUUUUUUUUUUAACCACAAGUGAUUGUUGUGGUAGGGAGGGGGGAGCUGAACAUGAUAUUUUAAUUUUUUUUCCUCUUUUCAGAAGUUUAUUUGAUAUGGGCAAUAUAUUUCUUUAGUAUUUCUUCCUCUGGAAGGAAACUAUAUAUAUUUGUAAUCUAUAGAUCAAUGGCGACAUGAAAUGUAUUUUGUCUUAUUUUCUGUCUUUACUUUUCUCAUUUAAAAAAUAAAAUAUGGAAGACAAAUUACUUCCCUUGAUAAUUAUCAAGGGACUUGUGGAGAAAAUAAGUAUGUGUAUAUACUAGAAGAGAAUUUGGCAACCAUUAAAAUAAAAAAAAUCAGAAUAUAGUUUUGGUGUAUGUGAUAUUUCCACAAGGAAAGAUCCUCACGCUGUGGUUUCAUGGUAGGCCUUGCAUCAUUUUCCAGUUGUGAGAAAAGACACUACUGUGAUAUUUCUAUAUAUUUAUGAAAAUAAGGAUUAUGUUACCAUCACUUUAAUCUUUUGGUUAGCUUUACUGAUGUGAGAAAUGGAGGGAGUUUCAAUGACACAGAAGCUUGGCUCUGUCUUGUGCUGGGGUCAGGCUGAGUAUUGUCACUGAGCCUGUGACAGGUCCCUGAUCCUUUAGUACCCAUGAAGCAGGAGGGGCAGUAGAGGCUUGCUUUAGUCACAGGUAGCCUCCAGAGAGAGGCCAGAUGUGGAUUAUGAUAAGGGAGCUGGUUCUGAUCACUCUGUCCCCAAUUGUCCUCCCCUUGUCAGCUCACCCCUGGUGCCCAGCCUGCAGCUGUGGCUGGCUCUGGAGCAGCUUGUGAGGAUGGGCAGAUUUCCCGAGCAAUUUUGUGCCAUUUGGACUGCUCAGAAGAACUCAGAGCACACGAGAGAGCGUGGCUUGCCUUUUUCACUGAAAGCUGGAGUACAGUGAUAUGAUCAGAGUGAGCCUGUUGUGUCUCUGGAAAGCUGCCUGUGCUGUGUGCUCAGUAGGAGACAGCUACUGUAGAUAAAAAUAGCCCCCAGCACUGGAGGUGGGACAGGAUCUGGCUGGAUGUAGUGCCUUUAACGUCCAAGGUGUCCCAAAGCACUGCACACUGCACUAGAUACUGGUGGUGUUCUGUGUCUGUAGGUAACAGAGCACAUCCUUUGCUUUCUACAAAGGCUCAUGCGUGGCAAGGAAUAUCAGAAUUUGGUCCACUGAGGGCAGUUUGGGACCAGGCUGCUGCAGGACUAUUCCUUACCCCUUUCAAGUGUGAUGGGAUUACCAGAAGCAGGCAAACUCUGCAGCAGUUAAAGGUGACACAUAUGUAUUGAAUCUGUGGAGCACUUGGGGGUCUGGAUUAGUACAGCACAACUGUGCCUGCACUGGGCAGGGCCCAAAUUCCAGUGUGCAGCUGGGAGUCCACUAAGAUGAUGUGUAAAGCACUUCAAUUUAUUGAAAGCAUCUGUUCAGUGGCUGUGCCUGUUAAUGUGUGUAUAUUACUAUAUAUAUGUAUAUUUAUAAAGAUCAGUAUGCAUGUAUAUAGGUGCACAUACAUGUGCAAACACACUUGAAAUUGUGCCAUUUGAAUGACAAAGUCCCUAGGGAUGCUCAGCUCCUGAGAUUGCUGGACUGACAAAAUGUCAUUUUCCAUUUUAGUUUGUUAUUAAAGAGAACCUUUUUCAGUAGAACUGAGGAGCUUCUGAAUUGUUCCAUUGUACUGGUUUUACUAUCUCAUUUUGGAGUUAAAU